GUGCUGGUGGAGCUGGUGCUGAGCCUUGCUUCUGUGGACACCCUGACCACCUUCCCCUCAAAGUUUCAAGUGGGGCAAAUGAAUGGGGACGUGGUGGUGAAAUGCAACACCUCGGAGAAGCAAGUGAGCUGGACUCAGAAUGGGGACCCAGAGCCCAUGGCCGAGCUCCUGUCUGAGGGACAGACUCUCACCAUCCUCGGCUUAGACCUGCCAGCUGCAGGCAACUACAGCUGCUGGGCUGGUGCCAUCCUGCUGGACACUACCUAUGUGGUGGUCAGGAGCAGCCGUGAGGAGAGGAUGAACAUCUCCUGCCAGGCUGAGUCCUACCAUGGCUCCUUCCACUGCUCCUGGACUGGUCCCCACUCUGCUGUCUUCCGUGCCCGCCUCACUGGCAGCGAUGGCUCCAUGGGUGCAUGGGUGCUGGCAUCCAGCCACCAUGGACAGUUUGGUGCUAGCUUCAUGGACCCCUCAUUCUGCCCCUUUGCUGAGGAGCUGCACCCACUGCAGCUGCAGCUGGAGGGGCUCACGGACACCUCCUACCUCAACGUCUCCAGCCACUUCUUCGUCCGUGACAUUGUACGUCCAGACCCACCACAGAACCUGACCGUGUAUAGGCAAGGGGAGCAGCUCCUCCUGACCUGGGCCCCCCCAGUUUCCUGGCCACUCCCCAAGUCCUACUUUGCCCUGCUCUACCGACUGCAGUACGAGCUCUCCAAUGGCACCCAGGUGGACAAGUAUGUGGAGGGCAUGGAGGAAACGCAGCUGCAGGUGGGCACACGGCGAGUACGCAUCAGCUGCCAAGAUCCCUACACCAACCCGGCCUGGAGCCCAUGGAGUGAGUGGCAGGACCUUGAUGCCACCCAGCAGAGCCAGCUAUGA